GUCCAGUAGUUGAUGCUUGAGCUAUGAGUGCCGACUUCGAUCGACCCAUACAAGGGGAGGCGCUCCUGGACGUUCGCGUUGCGGAGGAAUCGGACGGCGCCGUUGACAAUACCAGUUCGCCCAUUGCACACUUCAAUGCUACCUCCUUCGAUGAGUCCACCGCGGCGCCCCGCGGUGGAGUCACGAGGGACGCCAACACGCAGAGCGUAAGGCGGCGGGGGGCCGCGACGACAUUCCAGUUACCCGUUCGCAGCCCAGCGUCGGUGGGUGUCGGCGAGGGCGUGGACUGGGGCAAGGAGGUCGGUGACCUGCCUAUGGAGGACCGGGUAACCUUCAGAGGCGCCCCCGAGCGACAGAACUCCAGUGGCGUGGGCCAGAAGCCCUCUGGCGCGCCUCGCCAGCGGCCGGUCUCCUGCCGCAGCGCCCGGUCGCAGACCUUCCUGGCCGCACAGCCGGUGCAGAUUGUGCAGCUGCCGUACAAGUGCACCCUGGAGGACCUGAACCGCUACUCCUACUGGUGGCUGCACUGCGAGGAGGCGCGCCCCGCCUGGGCCGACGACUUCCCGCACCUAGCCGCGCUGCGCAACCACGUGCGGCGGGCGCUGCUGGCAGCCAACCUGGAGGUCUGCUUCGUGCGCUGCUGGCACGCGUUCGAGGCGCCACCGGAGGAGGCCAAACCCAGCCUGGCCAACUGCACACUCGACUUCGGCUCGCCAGUGCUGCCGCCCCGCUCCACGCGCGGCGGUGGCGGCGCCGCCAGCAGCAGCACCGGCGGCAACACGCUGGAGGACGCGGCGCUUCUGACAGAGGCGCGGCGCUGCAACGCCGCCGCGCUGUCGCCUUGGCCGGAGCUGCUCACCGGGAAGUCGCAGGGCGUGUACCGCAAGCGCCAGCUUCUAAAGAAGUUCAGUUACGAGGUCGUUCACGCCUCGCAGCUCCUGCAAGAGCCGGAGGCGGCGGAGGAGCUGGCAGGCUGCCCCAAGGAGGUACUCUCAGAGCUGUGCUUCACCUUUGCCGCCUUCCAGCCAGCGCUGCUGGACGAGGGGCUGGUCAAGGGCAGCCUGUCGCCUCUGGAUCCGGAUUCUGGCACGCCAGGCAUGGAUGACGUGAUGCGGGUGGUGGAGGACAACCGGGACGAGCACGCGGAGACGGAGUCGCCGCUCAUCCUUGCGGAGUUGGCGGCGGAGCUGGCGACGGCGGCGCGGGAGUACCGGCCCGAGCUGCCGGUCACCAGCUGGCUGCUGCAGGCCGCCUGCAUGUGCGGGCAUGUGGAGCUGGUGGAGAAGCUGCUGGAGCCGGAUGAGCUGGACGACGGCGAGGUGGGCGGCCUGAGCGACAUCGACGCCAUGGCCGCCCUGGCCGCGGGCUGGCUGGGCUACAGCGCCUUCCACCCGCUGCAGCCGCGCCGCCCCGCCCAGGCCGCCGACUGGCUGGACCUCAAGAGCAGCCUGGCGCGGGCGGUGCUGACGGCGCACCGUGUGGUGUUGCUGGUGUCGGCGACGACGCACGAUGAGAACUGGUCUCUCAAGGGAGCCAAGCUGGACAUGGUGUGGAACCUGAUCCGGCAGACGCACCGCCGAGUGAUGGUGUGCAAGCCCUUCAUCCUGGCGCUCAUGCACAUCAUUCUGGAGGCCCAGGAGCAGAUCGUGCAUGCCAAGUCCCAAGAGCUUGAAAGGCGCGGGAGAGAGCGCCAGGAGCGGCGGCAAGCCAAGAUCAACGCCAAGCUGGCCAAGCAGCGAGCUCGUGAGGAUGGCACGCCGCACACCCUGGCGGAGCACACUGACGAGGAGGGCGGCGUCCAUGGCCACGGUCAUGGUGAUCCGGAGGAGGACGAGGAUGAUGACGACGACCUGGAUGACGACAGCGGUCUGGACAGCGACCAAUCGCUGCCCGAGGGCGCGGCGCUGUUCUCCAAGCUGCACCAGGUGGCGGUCACCACCUACCACCUGGCCGUGUACGCGGCCAACCAGGCGCUGGUGUUCGACGCGCUGUGCAUCCUCAAGGCCGUGGGCGCCUGGCAGGCCGUCACGCCGCAGGUGCUUCUGGACCUGGCGGCCCAGUUCCCGAACAUGGCGGAGCAGUUCCUGCGCAUGAUGGGCCUGGAGCACGUGCGGCUGGAGGACAAGGGAGUGCCGUACGAGCUCAGCCGCGGCUUCGCCACCGCCGCCGCCUGCACCGUGGGGGACGACGAACAGCUGGGCGGCACGGGGGCGUCCAUGGUGCACUUCGCCAUCCGCACCACACACACGCCCAGCUGGAUCCAGCUCUUCAUGCUGCCCGGCGGCGUGCGCGGCCGCGGCGGCGGUAGUAGGGGCCUGGGCGGCGGCGGCGGCGGUGCCGACGCCAAGCCGGGGCAGCAGGCGGCGGCGGCGGCCGCGGCAGGUGGCGAGGGCGGCAGUGGCGGCUUCCUGGAUGUGCGGAUGCUGCAGCUCUUGGGGUGGACGCUGGCGGGGUUCGCGUGCCAAGGGCCGGGCAGCUUGUUCCUGGCCUGCAUGCUGGCGGUGAUCGUCUGGGGCCUGCUGCCGUACAUGCUGGCACCGCUGGUGGCGGCGCUGGCGGUGCUGGCGGUGCGGAUGUGGCAGCCGCUGCAGAAGGUGCAGGUGCAGGCGGGCAGCGCCAAGGUGCAGCCGGCGGCGGCGGGCGGCGAGGGCGGCCCCGUGGGCCACACCUUCAACCCGCACCACCACCAGUCCAUGUCGGCGGCGAGCAGCCGGCAGCAGCAGCUGGUCAAGGGCGCCGCCGCCGCCGCCAGCCAGCAGCUGUCGGGCGGCGGAGCCUACUCCAUCAACUGCCAGCGAUUGAUGUUUCCGGUGAAGCUCAAGGACUGGAAGACGGUGACGGCGCUGCUGCAGGCGCUGCUGCUGGCGCCGGGCGUGCACCCCAGCGUGUUCGGCACGCCGGUGCUGCGCGCCCUCAUCUUGUUCAAGUAUAAUUAUUGCGUCAAAUUCUUGAUUAUGUACCAGUUCCUGCUGCACAUGGUUUACAUGGGGCUGUUUAUCACCUACGCCGUCAGCAUUCAGGAGAUGGAGCCGGUGGAAGAGCGGACCUCGGGCCUGGGCUCGGGCAGCAGCCAGUGCCACCUGCCGGCUCCCUCCCGGGCCCAGGGCGGUGUGAUGGUGGCACUGCUGGUCAUCACCGUGGACCACAUCAUCAAGGAGGUCAUCCAGGUGCUUAAGUGCGGGCUGCGCGCGGUCACCAACUUCUGGGACAUCCUGGAUUUCUUCUCCAUCGGUCUGGUGCUGGCCAUGCUGAUCGCCCAGACCACCUGCGCGGCCGGCUUCACGCCCACGCACCUGCGCUGCAUGGCGGCGGUGGAGGUGCUGGUGCUGUUCAGCCGCGUGCUCUACUUCGCCAUGGCGUCAGACAGCCUCGGCUCCUUCGUGCGGAUGGUGAUGGAGACGGUCACGGACCUGUUGCUCUUCUUCGUGUUCCUGCUCUUCAUGUUUCUUGGCUUCGUUAUCUCGCUGAGGGUGCUGCAGGGCUCCGCAGUGUCCACCCAGGAGGUGUUCAUCCGGUUGUUCUGUGUGCUGUACGGCGACACCAACUACCUACUGGACCUGGAUGAAAGUCCGGGAGGCGUCAGUGAGGUGGGCCAGGUGAUCACCAGCAUCUUCAUGGUCCUGAUCACCAUUGUGAUGCUGAACCUGCUGAUUAGUAUCAUCGGCGAUUCAUACGACCGCAUCCGCGCUAACGAGAGCUGGGAGUCGCUGCACAACAAGGCACAGCUGGUGGUGGAGGCGGAGUCGCAGGUGCCGGGCCGCAUGCUGGACCGGGUGUACGACUGGUGCGUCACCACCACUGGCGCCGAGGUGUCGGGAGAUGCGCCCGCGUACAUCUACACGAUCUCGCCUGUCUACAACUGGACGCCGCCGGCCAACCUGCCUGGCUCCACUUUCGAGGUGGCGGAGGCGACGGGCGAGGCCGCCGGGGAGGACGAGGAGGACCUGGAGCAGCACUGGCAGGGGCGGCUCAAUGACGUGCGGCGCCACGUCAGCACCGCCGGCCGGGAGCAGCGGGUGGCGCUGCAGGCGCUGAAGAAGAAGGUGGAGGGGCUGGAGGGGGCGAUGGUGGAGAAGCUGAACAAGCUUCAAGACACGCUGCUGGCCCGGCUGGCCGCCACCACUCCAGGGUCGGUGUACAGCAGGAGCAUCAAGGGGAAGUGGAUCUAGGUAGCGCCGCACUAACUUAGCGUACGGCAUGCUGCAUGCACGACUGAAUCUAGCAACAGCGCGUGCGGCGCCGCAUGCCGUGGUUGGUUUGUGGGCAGCUGGCCGCAAACUGUGUGAGUGACGCGCUUGCGGGCCCUGACAACAAGAGUGUGGAUUUGUAUGAUACGGCCGUAUGGUGCGGACUGAGGCAGGCACGGACAGGGGCAAUCCUGGGGGGCUUCGCCCCCCCCCCCUGGAUCGCUUCGCUCGGGGGGCUCAGCCCAAAAACCCGGAUAAAGUUGUGCAGUAUGAACAACUGAUACGGCCAAGUAUACAGUGUUUGAUGCGUGCUGGAACAAGCAUGGUCGGACAUGGCAUGCAAUGCAGUUUCGUGUGUUGUGAAAUUCUGAGCGGGUGACACGGGUCGACAGAGGUGGCUUCCGGUUGCGACGGAGGUGGCUGUUGGACCGCCGCUCUGAUGCGCGCUGGCUUCGGGCGUGAUAUUUUAUAGAAGACGGGAAGAGGCGGUAGAGAGCUCGGUGAGCACCGGUAGGAGGGGCGCGUUGCCCUUUUCCUUAGUUUCGAUGAAGCGUGACUUUCGACAAGUCCGAAUUGAUGGGAAUUUAUGCAUCUUAUUUAUCGGCUGUACCAGGCUGCACAGGGUUACAGGUACUCAUCUACAGGAAGGUAGCAAGGCCCAUUCCUUUCCUCACAGCAACAGUAUGCUGCGCUCACACAACAAGCUUCCACUGGCUGGCGUGUGCCUCCCCCUUGCGAAGUGGACUCAUCGAGCUACGUGUCUACGCGUAACAGACUGCACUUCCAAUGAUGCGUGUAACCUGCCCUGCGGUGAUCACUCAUCACGCCUCUUGACGCCCAGAGACCGAGAGACGCCUCGAGCCGCACCGCCGUGUGGCGGUGUGCCCCAAGUCAUCAGCGCUGCCCUCCAUGGCCAGCUCACCCAACUCAUCCUGAAGCCACGUCAUCAUUUCCCACAGCUCUCCGAAGUCUACAAUAAAUCGGUCACGCACGAUUGGCGACAGUGAAGCAUAGGGGCGCACGCCGUGUGCGCACGCCCUGCAUCAGUAUCAUUAGCAAACACCCUGCCCAUACUGCACAAGUUCAAAUUAAGCAUCCUGCUGCAAGUACAUUGCUAUUCGCUCCUGCUUUGAAUCGUAAGUGCCAUUCCUAAUUGCAUGCUACAGUGCUACUGCCAUACUGCUAUA